CACCGUUCCUGGUGGAUGUGUUGUGGUUUAUCGAAUCAGCGGCUGGCUUACGCAGGGUUUAACGAGGAAGAACCAGCGGCCCCAAUUGCUUUCGUCUUCGCCAAGAAAGAAAGCAAGAGCCCACUGGUUCUUCCAGAAUCAGGUAUCCCUUUAUAUAAACCCCUCGCCAUUUGUUCCCUCACCACAUCACUCUUCCAUCUGCUCAUCUCUGAUUCCUCACACCCCUCUCUGCUUCUUGCUGAAUCUCUGUCACCAAGCUCAGCUCUUGUCAUGGGGAAGGUUAAGAUCGGUAUCAAUGGUUUCGGGAGGAUCGGUCGUUUGGUUGCAAGGGUUGCUCUUCAGAGGGAUGAUGUUGAGCUUGUUGCUGUUAAUGAUCCCUUCAUUACCACCGACUACAUGACAUACAUGUUCAAGUAUGACAGUGUCCACGGCCAGUGGAAGCACCACGAGUUGAAGGUCAAGGAUUCCAAGACCAUUCUCUUCAGUGGGAAGCCAGUCACUGUUUUCGGCAUCAGGAACCCUGAGGAGAUUCCAUGGGCUGAGACCGGUGCCGAGUUCAUUGUGGAGUCUACUGGUGUCUUCACUGACAAGGACAAGGCUGCUGCUCACUUGAAGGGUGGAGCAAAGAAGGUUGUCAUUUCUGCUCCUAGCAAGGAUGCACCCAUGUUUGUUGUGGGUGUCAACGAGAAGGAUUACAAACCCAAUCUCGAUGUUGUUUCCAAUGCUAGCUGCACCACCAACUGCCUCGCUCCUCUUGCAAAGGUUAUCCAUGACAGGUUUGGAAUUGUUGAGGGUCUUAUGUCCACCAUACACUCCAUUACUGCUACACAGAAGACUGUUGAUGGUCCAUCAAUGAAGGACUGGAGAGGUGGAAGGGCUGCUUCCUUUAACAUCAUCCCCAGCAGCACUGGCGCUGCUAAGGCUGUUGGAAAGGUCCUCCCAGCACUCAAUGGCAAGCUAACUGGAAUGUCCUUCCGAGUUCCCACAGUUGAUGUGUCAGUUGUGGACCUCACUGUUAGGCUCGAGAAGCCAGCAACUUAUGAGGAGAUCAAAGCUGCCAUCAAGGAGGAGUCCGAGGGCAAACUGAAGGGCAUUCUCGGGUACACUGAAGACGAUGUCGUCUCCACUGACUUUGUUGGUGAUAGCAGGUCCAGCAUCUUCGAUGCCAAAGCAGGAAUUGCCUUGAGCAAGCAGUUUGUGAAAUUGGUCUCGUGGUAUGACAAUGAGUGGGGCUACAGCUCUCGUGUUAUUGACUUGAUCGUCCACAUGGCCUCGGUGAAAGGUUGUUGCUGAAUCCACAGGAUGGCAUUUCGGGUCCCAAUUACAUACUACUGAUGUUUUGUUCUCGAGUCUCUAUGUUAUGCCAAUCUCGUUCCUUUUUGAUAGGCUUACUUUGUCGAAUAAGAAUGACUUGAAAAUACAGGCCAUGUAUCAUGUUGGUUGGCUAUGGUCUUUUUCCCUAUGAAAGAAUGGUUUUUACGUGGGUUUCUUUUGCCCUCUUCUAUUACAACAAUAUAUGUCAUACGCGAUCCUGCCUGAA